AUGCAAUACGACAACCCAUUCCCCGGGAUGAAUCCGUAUUUGGAACGGCGGGACAUCUGGCCGGAUUUUCACGACGGAUUGAUUGUACAGCUGCGAGAUAUUCUCGGACCUCUGCUGCCGGAUAACUACCGUAUCGCCCUGCACCGGCGUGUUGAGGUUCAAGAGCCAUUCGGUUCUGCCCUGGGCUUGAACCUGAUGGUGCCCGACGCGCUGGUUACCAGGGAACCGACGGUCACUCCGGUGGGCCCAACCGCAACCGCGGAGGCUGCGACCGCCGUAGCCGCUCCGCCGGAAGAGGCCGGAGGCGUGCGCGUUCGGAUGCCCCGGGAGAUUCGGGUUGCUUGGCUGCGGGUGGAAACCGUGCCCGACCGGGAACUGGUAACCAUCGUUGAGGUUCUGUCGCCUACCAACAAAGCGCCGGGGCGGGAGCGGCUUCGCUAUGUCCGCAAGCGUGAGGUGAUAGUCGCCAGCGGAGCAAGCCUGGUGGAGAUCGACCUGCUGCGGCGCUGGGAACCGAUGCCGUUGGAGGUGCCGCCGCCGGCCAGCGACUACCGCGUCCUGGUGUGUCGUGGUUGGGAACGUCCCGACGCGUUGCUGUACCCAUUCUGGGUAAAGCAAGCCAUACCCAAGUUUGCCCUGCCACUGUUGCCGGAGGACGAAGUCGGCCCCGAAGUUGACCUGGGCUCGAUCAUCAAUGCCAUGCACCACACGGCGCGGUACGCCCAAGUGGCGCGGUACGACGAACCUCCGCCGGAACCGGCAUUUCCGCCGGAAGCGCAGGAGUGGGUCAGCGGACGGGUAGCGGGACUGUCGUAG